GCCUGUUUGGCGCCUGGGAUGACAGGCAUCAACCAACUGCCUUUCACAACGACUCCACGGACUCCCCCCAGGGACGCCACGGACUCCACAAGCAACACGCUUUGCCUCCACGGACUCCCCAGCCCCCCAGCAGAGGCGCAGCAGGCGCAGCCUCACCAGCCCGACCCAGCGCAGGAGCGUCCAGACAAGAGAAGCCCGGGCCCACCACCCAGGCCGCGCGCGCCAGCAGCAGGAGCGCCGCGGUGGCGACCAGCGCCGGAUUGUCGGCGGGGGCGACCGGCCACCGCUGCUCCAUGGCCGCGGCGGCGGGAGAAGGGGGAGGGCGGGGAUCUGGGGUGAGAGCGACGAAGACGAAGAGGAGGGACGGGAGAGGCAGAAACGAAAACUCAGCGUCUAGGGUCCCACAUCGGCGCAGUCCGCGACCACACCUUGAGCAGAAAAGGCU